CGUUGCUUCACUAGUUACACAUUGAGUGUAGUUCACUGUACUUGAAAAUCCGUUCAUGAUUCAGUUCAUUAAUAAAUAAAUACAUGGGUGUCAUGGCGGAAAACGCUGCUUGCCCUGCUUUCCAGCUUGGAAGACCCCGGUACGACCAGAGUUCAUUCAUCGGUCGGCUGAGACACUUUGUAGACAUCAUUGACCCCAGCACCUUGUUUGUGUCCGAGAGGCGACUGAAAGAGUGUAUCAAACUCCUUGAUGACUUUAAACAUGGCACACUUCCACCUGGAGUGUCUGAUCUGCAGCUGUGGGAAGCCCAGAAGGUCAAGCAGGCCAUCAUUCAUCCUGACACAGGAGAGAAAAUCUUCAUGCCAUUUCGAAUGUCAGGUUAUGUACCAUUUGGAACACCAAUUGUCAUUGGCCUUCUUCUCCCAAACCAGACCGUGCUUUCCACCAUUAUAUGGCAGUGGCUGAACCAGAGUCACAACGCCUGUGUGAACUAUGCCAACCGUAAUGCCACCAAGCCUACUCCAACAGCCAAGUUUCUUCAAGGCUAUGUGGGAGCUGUGACCAGCGCUGUCUCCAUUGCAGUGGGACUGAACGUGCUGAUUCAGAAGGCCAACAAGCUGAGCCCUGCCACCCGAAUGAUAAUACAGAGACUGGUCCCCUUCCCAGCUGUGGCGAGUGCAAACAUCUGUAACGUGGGCCUGAUGAGGCACAAUGAGCUGUCUGAAGGUAUUGAUGUGUUGGAUAAUAACGGCAACGUGGUGGGAUCCUCCAAAAUCGCUGCCAGGCAUGCGAUCAUGGAGACCGCCUUCACACGUGUGGCCCUCCCGAUGCCAAUCUUUGUCCUGCCCCCCAUCAUUAUGUCCUACCUAGAGAGACUCCAGUUCCUGCAGAGCAAUCGCAGGUUGUUGCUGCCCAUCCACAGCGCCGUGUGCCUCGCUACCUUCAGCCUCUCCUUGCCUCUGGCCAUCAGCCUAUUUCCCCAGAUGUCUCAGAUUGAGGUGUCUCGGCUUGAGCCGGAGAUCGCCAUGGCGACAGAUUGCAAGGUGGUGACCUACAACAAGGGAUUAUGAUGGAUGGCGUGAAGGAGGAGAGGAGAGGAUGUGAUGUAAAUGAGGCGACGUUGUGAAUAGCUGUCAGGGAGACCUUAGGCUUCCCUCCUGGCGCCUGCUGACAGGACGGGGAAACUUUCUGCUGCAUUAACAUAGCAGAACCUAGAUUAUCGUGCACUAACCAGCGGCCGCCCCACUAAAAUGUUCUGUGUAAUGAGAAAAAUGCUGAUGAAGGAGGUCCAAGUAGACAACAUAGGAAUGGAUUAGCGUGGGAUGGCACCGCCAAUGUGAAGCCACUGUACGGUGGUUGUAUUUGUCCCAUGUGACGAUUGUACUGUAGAUGUAUACAACAAACUUCUCAAACUGGUGACUGGCAGUUAUCUGCAUGCAAGGUCUUUAACCACAAUAAUGUGAAAAUGUGAAGAGCACAUAGCACUGGACAUUUUUUUUUUUUGAUUUUCUUUCUUUUCUUUCUUUUUUUUUUAUAGUAGCCACAUAUGUUUUCUUUCUUCCAAACUGCCAAGAAGAACAGUUUGUUCACAUGUCAACUGAUUGCUGCACUACUGCUAUAUUCCUAAUGAAUAACUAAUUUUGCACAGUAUUUUGGACAUAAUAGCAUUAUUACCUGGAUAUUAUUGUACUAAUGAUUAUUCUUAUCCCUUUGUAUAAUAACGAUGCUACUAAGUUUAUUAAAUGUUUGCAAGUCAAACAAGCCAAUGCUUUUAUCUAUAUGAAUAAAAUGAUAUAAUAAAUUAUCUUUCUUGAC